UUUUCCUUGCAGGACAUGGCGCAGAGGGUGACUUCGGGCACCUCCCCGCAGGGGCCUCGCCCCUCCUACAUGUACAAGGUGGUCCUGCUGGGCAGCAUGUCCGUGGGCAAGUCAAGCCUGGCCUACAGAUACGUGAGAAACGACUUCAGGGAGCUGCUGCCGACCGUGGGAUGCUCCUUCUUCACACAUGCACUCGACCUGGACGAGGCCACCGUCAAGUUGGAGAUCUGGGACACAGCAGGGCAGGAGAAGUACCAGAGCGUCUGUCACCUGUACUACCGGGAUGCCCAUGCUGCCCUCCUCGUUUAUGACAUUGCUCACAAGCAAACACUCAGCAGAGCAAAGCUGUGGCUGGAGGAGCUGGAGAAGAGGUUCCUUCCCAAUGAAAUCGUGGUUGCUCUGGUGGGCAACAAGACAGACCUUGCUGCUGAGCGAGAGGUCACCACUGAGGAGGCGGAGGAGUUUGCACGAGCAAAAGGCCUCCUGUUCAUGGAGACAUCUGCAAAAUCCAACCAUCAAGUAAAUGAUGUCUUCAUGUCUGUAGUCCAAGAGCUCCUGAGGAGGGAAAAUGAGAAGGCAUCCAAGCCAUCCUCACACGGGAGGUCGACCGUCGACCUGAGGGCGAGCGGGGCCAGGACGAGGUGCUGCCGGAGCUGAGG